CUCGUCUUCCGCCAUUUUGGGAGUCAAGCGGCCACUGAGCGGGCCCCGCUCACCUCCUCUCCUGCUCCGCGCUCCAGACGAUGGUUCACACGUGUGUGGUGACCGGCUGCAGGAACAGGAGGACCCCGGGCACCGGCCUCUCCUUCUACCGCUUCCCGCGGGACCCCGACAGGAAGCAGCGGUGGAUCGAAGCUGUGAACCGGGAGGGCUGGAUCCCUAACGACGGCAGCAGACUGUGUAGUACUCACUUCAUCUCAGGUAAACAGGUGAAGAAUCCACGUUCGCCAGAUUAUGUUCCCUCUGUGUUCACCACAGCUCCCUUAUCCCCAGAGAUGAAGGAGCCGGGUGCCUUGGAGAUCCUGGACAAGCAGGAGGACCGUGUGGAGGCGGCCAACGCUUUGUUGUUCCUGCAGGGUCAGGGCAGCGCUGCGGUGGGUGAGCGGCUCCAGGAGGAGCAUCCCGAGGAGAAGGAGCAGGAGGCCAUCGUGGAGGAAAGUGCGUCCUCCUCCCUCAGCACUGACGAUGAGGAUGAUGAUGAAUCUGUGAGUGACAGUAAGAAAGGAAAGUUCGAUGCGGCGGUGAACUUCGAAGACAUCCUGAAAGCCCUGAAGAAGGAAAACCAGGCCCUCAGGGAGUCUGUGGAGAAAAUGUCUCUGUCUGAGAAUUUCUUGAGGAACGAUGCAGAGAAAGUAAAGUUUUACACGGGUUUACCCAACUACUUUGUCUUAGAAACUGUAAUGUGGCUGCUGGCUCCGCACAUGGACGGGAUGAAGAACGUCCGGCUCUCCAAGUUCCAGCAGCUGCUGCUCACACUGAUGCGGCUCCGCCUGGACCUCCGCAACCAGGACCUGGCGUACCGCUUUGGCGUGAAAGUCGGCAUAGUAACCAGAACAGUGCACCAGAUGGUCAACAUCAUGUCCUCCACUCUGGUGCCAACAGCCGUCUUCUGGCCCUCCAGAGCCGAGCUCCGAAAGAAUCUGCCGGCAGCUCUGCGCACCUCCCACCCUGACUGUGCUGUUAUCAUAGACUGUUUCACCGUGCCUUUUGAGGAGCCGGUUUCCCGGGGCAACCAGCAGCAGCAUCAGCAGCAGCAGAGGGCGGCGGCUACCUCUCAGGGUGCAGGGACAAGUCAUAACGUGUUAAAGUACCUGAUUGGUGUGGCUCCGCAAGGAGUCGUCACUUUUGUGUCCAGGGGUGUGCUGGGAAACGUCAGUGACAAGACUCUGGCGGAGGGCUGUGGGUUUCUCUGCAAACUGCUCCCAGGCGACAUCGUGUUGGCGAGUCGCAAUCUUGACAUUGCAGAUUCUGUGGCUGCACGAGGAGCCUUGUUUAAAAUUGCUUGCAGCUACCAAGGAGAGACUUGUGGGAGCUCGGAGGGCUCACAGCUUGCAGAUUCUUCCUCUGAGAUGGUGAGCGUGCCGAGGCAUGUGGAGAGGGUUAUCUCCAUGGUGAAGCGGAGAUACGCCAUGCUCACCGGCCCCGUCGAGAGCCCCUUCACCACGGCCUCCGAGCGCACGUCGAACCUGUCAACCUUUGAUAAGAUUGUGCAAGUUGCUUGUGCCUUAAACAACCUGUGCAUCUCUGCUGCUCCACUAGAGUGAUUCGUACAGAAACACCUAGUGAUCCUUACUGCUGGUCAGGCACUUAAAAUCCCUUUACUGCUUUGGACCUUAUUUCAUGUUCUCACACUUCAUCCCUGUGUCAAUACUACAGGAUAACUACAGAAAGUGAAUUUACACUAAUCCACUUUAAUUCUCGCUUAGAGAGUGUGUGUGACUCACUGUUACCUUGGGCAGGUUAUACUUGGAAACGGGAGCUUCUCCCAAAUCCAGAAACCACAUUACUGAAGCCGUUUUCAGACAUGACCUGCUGGUGAAAUCCGGAGAAUUGGUUACGGAGUUUACCCGCAGUUUUCCUUUCACACAUGCACAACACAGAGGGAGGUUUUCUGCACA